AUGGUUCGAUCGAAUCGGUAUGCACCAAGUAGAUCGAACGGCUGUGAUAUCAGGACGGAUCAAACGGCUGAGAUAGAACGCUGCAUGACAUGCAUGGAGUCGAUCGAGCUGGCUGUUGGCGUAAAGGAUCGAUCGAGCUGGAUCUCAUCGAAAGGGUCGAUCGAGCUGGUUGCUCGUGUAUGGGAUCGAUCGAGCUGUCAAGCGGACCGAUCGAACCUGUUGUUUGUGCACCGGCUCGAUCGAACUGUGAUGCUGUUCGAUCGAGCACCUUCUCGCUCUAUUUUGCCUUCUUUCGCCUGUUGUCAAUCCGUGUGA